AUGGCUCAGACACCGGAUGUCAGCGACCAGAUCGCUCAGCUUAACGCCGCUCGCAGCCUGGUCCUGGGUGAUUCCGCGUUUUACCCGCAGAUUGUGAAUGGCAUCCUUCCCAUUGUCGGAGCUAACACAAGAUUGGAACUGCGAAGAUGGGGUGCAAACUUCCUAGCAGAGACCUUUGCUAGUCCAGUUCUAGCCGUAGAGCAGAAAGAGCAACUGGCACCGAGUGUUUUGCAAACGAUCCGUGAGAUCCUAGAGCUGCCAGAGACCGAUAUCGCGGUGUUGCAAAGCUUAGUACAGACGUCCGCCAGCUUGUAUCCUCUUGUCUUCAGGCACAUUGUGAAUCACCCACAAGACAGCAAGUCAUGGGAGAACAUGUGCGAAAUCAAGCAGGAAAUUCUCCGGAAAAUGGACGAUUUCCCUUGCUCCAUUAAACUUUGUUGUGCCAAAUUCAUUCAGCGCGUUGUUCAGGUCCAAACGCAUAGUUCGGGCGGAGAUCCAAGACGCCCCGAGCUGAACGAGACAUCUCUCGCCAUUGUCCCCCGCAGCCAUGCACUGCUAUCAAUCCCAAAUCUGGAAGCGGAAUCAUCUGGAUUACUUGAUCGGUUGCUUGGGGUUUUCCAAGAAGAUACUAGUGAUCCUCUUCUGGUGAACGCCACAAUAAACCUGCUGCCUCCUCUCAUUCGAACUCGCCCAACCAUCGCUCAUAAGAUAGUUAAUGCUGUUUUGGAUUUCAUCCCAGCACAUCACGUCCGGCCUCCGUUCACACCCACGGUUCGUGUCAGUGUCAAGUCUAUGGAACGGACAGCCCGAGCAUUGUUUUGGAACAUUUUGAAAAAGAAUCAAAAUCACCCUCUUGCGCCGCGAAUGCACGCGUACAUUGAACGUUUAAGCCAAUCGCGCCUUGAGGCUACUGAUGAUUCUUCUCGGAAGCGUAACCUGCCAAACGAGCCUACUGACGGACUCGAUAAUGCUAAGCGAGCUCGUCUCGACGCCAUGCCUCCGCCAACAAUGAAGAUACCCCCAAUGGCACCAGGGCCCGCGAGCUUUGAUCGCCUGUUUACUUUGACCGAGGAUAGUGGACUGUCAUCUUUCGACGUAAAGCAGCUUCCAUUUGACAUAGUCCUGAAGAUUGUCGUGCCUCUUCUCUCGCAGGUGCAUGAUUCGACUAUGACGCAAGCCGUUGAGGCUGUCCGCACUCGUUACCAAGCAAUCAGUCGGGAACAAAUUCUACAACGCCAGCAGCAGCAAUCAGCAGCCCCAGACGAGGAUGAUGACUAUGAGCCUGAAUAUCAGCCGAUGGACGCGGCAUCUGUCGUGUCAGAAGAGAACAGUGCAGUUGCAGAAGAGCUCGCAGAUCUUCAGCCAGAUUUGGUUUCUCUGGGACCAUUCGUCCUACCUCAGCCUCCUCCAUUGAGCGAAGAGGAAGCCGGUGAAAUUGGACGAAGUGCCGUCGCACGCGUGUUUGGUAUGCUUAACGCAUCCGAAACAUCACCUGCGCCUGCCAAGAGCCAGACGCAACAGAAGCUUGGAUUCGCCCGACUUGCCGGCAGCACAUUUGACAGAGAUGCAUGGUCUGUUCUCCUCGCUCGAUUGGCUACUCGUGCACCUGCGGGUCUUGUAGAUGGACCGCAGGCCAAGGGUGAUUCGGCCGCACGGCGCCAAACAACCAUCGCGGACUCUAUCCGAGAAACUCUUUAUCGAUACAUUCUCGAGGACUUCCGAGGACGUCUCAACAUUGCUAUCAUCUGGCUUAGCGAAGAAUACUACAAUGAUCGGAUGCAAAUGAGAAGUGCUGCUGCUCAACGCGACGACUCAGAAGAAGAGUCGGAACCAACCGUGGCUCUCAAUUACGACACUUGGUCUACUCGUCUCCUUGAUGGCUUCCUGGCAUACUUGGAUGGACGAGACAUCAAAGUUCUUGUUCGUUUCCUCAGCGAGGUUCCCGAGAUCACGAUUGCAAUCACUCAGCGGGUAGCCAGCUUGGCCAAAGACCCAGAGCGUGUGAACCUAUGUGUUCAAUCUUUGAUGUACUUGAUCAUGUUCCGGCCCCCAGCUCGUGACAUGUGUCUAAACACGGUAGAGGACGUCUACCAGACAUACGAAGAAUCCCGACCUGCGGCCACGAAGGUUCUCACCAAAUGGCGACCUGAGAGCACAGUGUUGGAGAAGACUACAAAUGACGCACCAGAGCCGUCUGUGACGCCUGUACAGCCAGAGGCUCAGCCUACAGUUGCUGCAGACCCAUGA